UGACAACCUCCACUUACUAAGGCUCCAGGCAAUGGCGUACAGGAAAGCCGAUGCGAAUUCUACAAACGCCGAGCGGGUGCGCAAUAAUCAGCGUCGCAGUCGUGCCCGGCGCAAAGCAUACAUUGCCGAACUUGAAGCGAAGCUCCGCGAAUGUGAAAUCGGACGUGGCCAAGACCUUACGACAGCAGAGCUCGCGAAAGCUUCCCAGGAGAUCCAAUCGCUCAAAAGAAUGUUGUAUUCGUUAGGGCUUGAUGAAGCAUUUCUCGAGGCUUUCUCAAGAGCUCAGCGUCUCGCAACACACUUCUCACGCAACCCAGAGAGCAUCACACGCAUUAGCAGUACGCCUGAAGCAUCUUCUCAGCAUACAAAAGCUUUUUCGAUGAGCGAGUUUGACCCAAGCUCCACUCUACCUUCCCAAAAGCAAGCACAUGUGUUUUCUUCGCCAUGCGGCACGGAGAUGGACAUGCAGGAUGCGAGAAUGCAACUGAACUUAGUAGAUUUGUAAUCGCGACCGGUUUCUCGACAGUAUCGAACGGACUAUCAGCGCAACUUUCAGGUUCGACCACGCUUUGUACAACCGCUUUUUCCCUCGUACUUGCACAGAAUCCCAACGGCUACAGUUCAGAAUAUCUGGACAAGAAGCUAAGAGCUGGCUACCGACUCAGCACGACUCCGUUGGAAGGUUGUCGCGUUCAGAACCAUGUCUUGUUGGAGGUUCUUGCAGAGAUUGCAUGAGUCUU